AUGUUGAUCAACACGUUUCUAGACACGGAAGAUUUCGUGCAUUUAUAUUACCCUGAGGAUGAGCCACCCGCGGCUCAAGGGUGUGGUGCUGGUGCUCGCAUGGCCUCCAAAUACCCCCCGAGACCACCAUCUCCGGAUUACAAGGAGGUGGCAGCUGCAGCGUCCAGCGAGAUGAGCGAACGCGAGCGGUACCGGGCUCCGCCCCCACCAGAGCCUCCACCACAUCGCGUCCGCGCAGCAGACCUCUAUCCCCGCCUUCGUACGCACUACGAUGAACCCGGGCUGCACCCCGGCUUCGCUCCUAUUUGCGGAGAAUUCGUCCAGUGGGUGGGUCGGACGUCUGAUGGCGGCACGAUUGCAAUGUCAAACUAUCGGGUACACCUGCAGGCCCGCCGUCGGAAUGGACCCGGUUCGUCAGUCCCGCUACGACUUAUCGACGCACUGGAGAUCAAGGAUCUGCUCACCCUCAUUAUUCUAUGCAAACACGGCAGACAGCUCAAAUUUACAUUCAACACCAGCGAGCAAUGCCUAGAAUGGUGGAGGCGACUGAGUACGUCCGUGGCACCCAUUACGUCGUUACAAGAGAUAUUUGCGGCCGCUUACGCUGCGUGGGCGAAGGAACAACCACCUUCCUCGGUGCACAGAGCUUUGAUGAGGGCAUCGCAGGCUCCACAGAGGCACUGGUUCGGACCCGAGUUGGAAAGACUCGGGUUUUCGACAAAUGGUCCGUGGCGUGUAACAGCAGUAAACGCAGAGUAUAAACUGUGCUCCUCUUAUCCGCCUUUGCUCAUUGUUCCCGCUUCUAUAGGCGACGAGCAGCUCGAAUCUGUAGCACGGUUUCGUACAAUGCGUCGUGUACCGGCUGUCGUUUGGCGUCACCGUGGUUCUGGCGCUGUCAUAGCACGUUCAUCACAACCCGAGGUGGGCUGGUUCGGCUGGAGGUCCAGCGAGGAUGAAGGAUUACUCGCUGCAUUCGUUAGCGCUUGCAACGCGGAUAGGGCUACUCCUAAUAAGCAACUCAAACUGUUGAUUGUGGAUGCGAGAUCUUUCACGUCCGCCGUGACGAAUCGCGCCCGUGGGGGUGGAUCCGAGUGCGCACAAUACUAUCCCGACGCGGACAUCCAGUUCAUGAGCCUCCCAAACAUACACAACGUGCGCAAGAGUUUCCAGCAGAUGCGCGAAUUGGUGGCGGAACCCGAUUUGACUAACUGGCACAGCAACUUGGAGCGGACAUUAUGGCUGCAGUGCUUGUCGGGUCUACUUCGGAGUGCAGUGGUUGUGGCACGAGCGGUUGCGUCGGGCCGACCAGUUCUGGUGCACUGUUCGGAUGGGUGGGAUCGAACACCACAGUUAGUCGCCACUGCGCAGCUGUUGCUGGAUCCUUACUAUCGGACACUUCACGGAUUUCGGGUGCUAAUCGAACGUGAAUGGUUAGACUUUGGACACAAGUUCGCUGAGCGCUGCGGACACCAAGUGGGCGGGGACGACCCUAACGAGCGUUCACCUAUAUUCCUGCAGUGGUUACAUAUUAUCUAUCAACUCAUGCUACAGUUCCCCUGCGCUUUCCAAUUCAACGAAGCUUAUUUGAUCAAAUUGGCGACUCACGUGCAUUCGUGCAUGUUCGGCACGUUCCUGUGCAACAGCAGACGCGAGCGCGCGUUGGCCGGCGACCCAGGGCCGCACGUUUGGCAGUUACUGGUCGCGCCCGCGUACCGCAACCAUCUAUACGUCCACGAUCAGGAAGAAUUAUUGCCAGACUGCAGUAUAAGUUCUAUGCAAGUGUGGUGGGGAUUGGUGGGCGGAGACGGAACCCGUGAACCGUCUCUUGAACCUGCCCCCGUGCUCAGGACAAGUCCUUUACCCCAUAAUGGUUUAAUGACGAAAACGCGAUCCUGUGAUAAUCUUUUAAAUGAAGGAGAGAAACGGACAGCACAGCGACGCUGCAGUGAUCCCAAUAUUGCACCUGACAUUAUCAAGCUGUUAGCAAUGAAUGGCAAAGCUAACGAUGAACGAGUUUCUACUGAAUGUGAGACCGCUCUUUCUGACAGCUGUGUGGACGCGUUGCCGCCAGCUAACAUCGAACACACGACCCACGCCGAUUUAGAGGAGCAGGUAGAACUACACACGGACCACUUUAUGAGCCAAUCGCGCGACAUCGCUAGCAACUCGUCGUCGCUGGAGCGAGAACUGGCGCUAGUCACCGACAAGCCCGAAGCCAGCGCCCUGCUCAACGAGAUCAUCGGUGAUGUAGGUGUAGCUAGUGACGUAGGCGUAGAUGUGACUGACAGUGGCUCUCCAGACGCCACUGAAGAUAGAAAUGUUUUCGAUCUCUACACAGACGUUAUAGAAAUGGCUGAUACAUCAAGAGAAGCACGGACAAGGAACAUAAGCAUCACAUGGAGAUCUAUAUCCGAAUCAAGCAAUCAGUCUUCCACCGGCUUUGAUAUACCAGAGAACUCGCCGCAGAAUCGGUUGGAACCUGCCGCCGCACGUUUAGAACAAGCCAUCGAUAACAGAAGUUCCUCCGAAAGAGACACGCCCACCACUGACAAUAGAAACUCUUCGGACAGAGACACUCCGGUCAUAGACAACCACAAUUCCACCGAGGGCGACAUAGCCAACCAUAAUGUAGUGAAUGGUAAUACGAACCACAACCGAGAAAACGGUGUGAGCAACGGAGACGUCAACGGAAUAGUUGACAUUACUGCUAAGUUUUUAGAAGUCGAAUUGAAUGGUGUUGUAUCAUCAAGUGGCGCUAGCUCUGAAAGCGAUGGUGAACGUGCCGAAACGGCUGCAGCAGCGGGUGUCUCAUCUGCCACGGGAUCGCGUGUGCCCAGUCAACUUACUUUGUGUCCCGCCUCUCCACGCCGCGCUGCCCAUUGUCAUUGCGCUACAGCUUCGAUAUUAAAUGGUGCGUGCUGGUGCGGAGUUUGCGAGACUUCUGGUGGUAUGGGAGCGGCUGCGGGUGCUGGCGAGGCGUGGCGCAGCGCGCGUUGUGUGUGCGGCGCUGGCUCACGCGCAGACAGGGAUUGCGCUGACGGAUUACCACCUGCUGAGGAACCCGUGCAAGCUCGUCUUCACCAGAUCAUACUUUAUCAAAAGAAAGUGGUAGAAGAACUGAGUGGACAGCUUCGUUCAGCACGUGAGGCGCUAAGACGGGCCUCACCGCCCGCCCCUCAUACCACUCACGAUCCGCCUACACCUGAACCACUACGGACAGCCGCAGCGAGCAGCGGAGGCGGCAGUAGUGGUGGUAGCAGUAGCAGUGGUAGCGCCUCUGAAAUAGAAGUAGGUGAGGAGGCCCGCGGGGUUCUAUGGCUACCAGACAGCGCCGCGCCUCGGUGCCAACAUUGCCGUAACCAGUUCUGGCUUGCGCGUCGCCGACAUCACUGCAGACGAUGCGGCGGUAUAUUCUGCGGUUCCUGCUCCGAGAUGAGCUCUUGGGGCGAGAUAGGCUCCGUGCGGGUGUGUCGCCGUUGCAGGACGCUCCGGUGA